AUGCCGCUCCAAGGGUACAAGGAUGUCCUUCAGAACGUUGGCAAAUCAGGUCGGGAUUUGAUGGCAUGGCAUUUCCAGCAGGGAUUGUAUUCGAUCUCUUGUUACAGCGGCACUGGUUUUAUCGAGAUGACGUUAUGUGCUAUCGGCGCAUCUUUGGAGACCGACUUCGGCUACGACUUGGGCCGCGGUGUGAAGAAUGUAGAAGCAUGCGACGUUCUUCCGCUGUGCCGUUCCGUCCUCAUUGGCUUCCGAGGGGGCAGCGGGUUCGAUCACGUUUUUGGCGAUUUCAACGACAGAGUCCGCGCAGACGUGCGGGCCCAGUUGCAUGACAUUACGCGGCCAUCCAAACAUGACAUAUCGGCCAGCAAUCCAGGGGAGCUCGUGCGCGAUGUGAGGGCGAAAAUCAAUCGCAUGUUUGAUCUUCUCGGUGCCGAUGCUUUCGAGGGGGCCAGUUCCCGCUGCUACAAGCAUGACCGCCAUUGUUUCGUUCACGACGUGCCUCCCCGAGUUAUUGAUGGAGAGGUUGCUGGCGCGUGGGCGGGCAUGAGAGUGGCUUCGGCUGGCGCUACCUGCUUGGACUACACCCCUUGGGGCGACCAGUGUGGGCUCGCUGGCCCGCGCGCCAAGACUCUGAUCACUUACUUGGCGGAGCGGAAAGCAAAGAAAGAAGCUUUGAUGGUGUUGGAGUGCGUAUUCUCUGAAGUUUUGGUUUCCUUAUUGCUCGCUGUGCUCGGCGACGAGUACGACGUCGACUACGUCGAGCUAGGGCCAGACGAUUUGGGCCACCCGCACAUGCGGUCGCGCAUGUGGGUCGUUGGAUACCGCCGAGCCAGUUUGAUUAGGACGGGUUCCUUGGCGGAGAUGAAGGAGUGCUUUGCGCGGCGCGUCGUCGGAGACGCAGACGACUACUUCGUCGCGUCCGACGAGGAGAUCAACCAGGACCUCGCGCGCAUUGCCAGGCAGCGGCACGUGGACGCGUUGCCGCCGUGGCUCAUAGGCCACCUCGCUGGCUACAGGGAGGAGCACUGGAGGCGCGUCGUCAUGGGCGAGCUGGGCGUGGGAGAGCCUCGGGUAGUGGACCUGUCUCAAGAUCCCGUUGAGUCGCCGAGGCAGGCCCGCGUCCUGCAAACCUUGACUCGGUCUGGAAUGCGGUAUUCGAUCCUGAAGAAACGGCCUAUGCUAGGAAAGGAGAGGUACGGUUCCAUGGGGGUGCCCGUCAAGAGCUUGGUGGGCGCAUUUGGCGGCCCUGCGAGCUCAAGGCCAUGUUGGGCAUGCCCCUUCGAGCACAUAUUCGAACAGCUGUCGGACACCCACUGCUGCUUGCUCACGGGCAACGGCAUGCACAUGCUACCGAGGCUGAAGUGCGGAUCGAUCUGCCGACGCACUGCACUGCACUCUGGGCCCUGGAUUACCAUGGUUUCCAAGGCCGACGAGAGAUACGUUGUCGACGACGGCGAGCUCCCGGAGGCUGACGUCGGCGAGAGUGAGCACGGGGGCGAUGGGCUUGCAGCGGCGCCGCCGCCUCCCGAGCCGCACCUGCAGAUGAUGGCAACUCGUGGUCAGCGCAUCCUGAAGGAUCCGAAGGGGAUGGACCUCGCGUCGGGCGCGGACCCCGAGCGACAGGCGAUCUUCAGCCUCCCUGCAAAAGCAGCUAAUAUGUGCAAACUUUGUUGUUCGGCACCGAAAGCAGGCAAGCACACCUAUUGCAAGAAGUGCCGUCAGAAGGUGGAAGCGGCGAAGCGGGCCAUCUGCGUGGAUGAAGAGUCCACGACAUAUUUUUCUGAGUUGGAGAAGAUGGCUGACCCGACGAAGCUGCGCAUCGUCAUCUUCGAUUGCGAGAAGCAGUUGAAUCCAGAUGGGCAGGCCACCCGCGGCAAUCCCCGCACAGGCGAGUUCGACAUUAUGGGCUAUAAGGAGGUUUGGGAGACGUCUACGGUGGUUGACGAGGGUCAGAAACGAGUGCCAAUGACCCACUUCAGGUUCAUCAAGCAUUUCACCGAAGAAGAGGGCUACACGCCCACGGAGGCUCAGAGAUUUUGGGAGGAGUGCGAGGCGGCCGAUUGCCCCCGGGAUUGGAAGGGCAGGAACGGGGAGGUGCGCCUCAAGGUCGCCGUGGAGGAUUUCGAGUUAGUUUUCAACCGGAAGCGGAAAGGGAACGAGUUGUCUGGGAGUUUAAAAGAAAAGAAGAAACCUAAAGUCAUCGGCGCAUCCACGGCGCAGGCGCGCUGGACUGGCCAGCGCGACAUGAGUCGAGGUGCCGAGAAGAAAGGUGCCCGUCGGGCUGCCACCAGCGCCAGCGCAGGCAGCAGCGCACUCUCGGAUGCCGACGGCGAUGGCCCCGCCGUGAAGAAGGCCAAGUUCGACGCAGAGUCCAAGCGGAAUCAGUUUCGUUCCAGUUGCCGCGACCAGACCAAGGGAAUCAGGGCGAAUCUCGAGGAGACCUUGUGCUCGGCCGAGAAGGCCUGGGGCGCUUUCUCCAGCGAGGAGCUGGCCAGUGACGAUUACAGGGAGUACCACUUCACUCUCGCGGGGCGCGUGCUUGCCUUGCGCGUCGUCCUUGGCUCUGGGCUGAAGGCGGCGAUGGGCAAAUAUUAUGCUCCUUCGCAUUGCACCGAGGGCGCUGAUGCUGCUUUUGAUGCUGCGCUGGCUGGUGACUCGGUCGCCGUUCAGACGCUCUGCGACUGGCUGAAGAGCAAGGGCCUCGCAAUGCCGUGCGCCGGCUUCGCGGAGACCCUCACCGUGGCCAGGCUCUGCGUUGACGCCGCCAACGCGGGGGCCGAGGUGAGCAGCGCGGAGGAGCUGAAGGCCGCCGUGGCGCUCUGGAAGGAGAAGGUCCAGAGGCUUCUGGAGCUCACCCAGGCCACGAAGACUGCCGAGAAGGACCUCGUCGCCAGGAAGGCGUCCGCGGAGAAACGCAAAGCCCAGAAAGCUACCCAGGCCGCGAAGCAGGCCGCCCAGGAGCGCGCCAAGUUCGAAAAGGAAGAGAAGAAAAAGGCUGAGAAGGCAGCGCAGGAGGCGAGGAAGAGGGCAGCGCAGCAGCCGGCGGCUGCCCUGGCGCCGAAGGCAGCCUGGACCAUCCUCACGUGCGACUUGAAGCACCACGUCGAGAUCUCCAAGACCUCGGCCGUUGAGUUCAAGCAGUCCGAGGUUGAUUGCCAGCUCCCCCAUGUCGUGAGCAACGUGGACACGGCCUUCUUCACAGAUUGCAAGGAGGCCGUUGCAGUGACCAGCGCGUGGAAGAUGGGUUUUCCCACGAGCGAGCCUGUGAAGGCGAAGGGGAAAUCCACGUGGGGGUUGCCUCAAGCCGAGGCCUUGCGGACUGGGCUCAGCAACUUCGGCCCUCCCUCUGAGUCUUGCUGCGAGGACCUGGCGACGACGAGCUACACCAGCGCCCUCAGGAGCGUGAGCGUGUUUGGCUACUCUGUUAGUUUGCGCAACAGCGGCACGGAGACGCACUCCCUCGGGUCACUCAGGCUUCAACUCGCAGGCAGGCGCUUGGUGAUCGCAGCCAGAGUGGAGGACGUUGUCGGCUUUGUCCAGGAGGAGGCGGAGCCUGUGAUCAGGAAGCCGACCAGCACUGACUUAAGCAACAUCUUCAAGUACGCGGACCAGAAGAUCGUGGACGCGCUGCGCGGGCGCGGGGCCAGACUCUUCCACACCAUCGUAGAACCAAGUUCAGUUCUGUACAUGCCCGUCGGUUUCUGGGUAAUUGAGAAGCCCAUCGGCUUGGAAGACAAUUUUGGAAUUCGCUGCAGUUGUCUGCCGCGCGUCGCCCCGCAGUCCGCCGCGGCCGAGAGCUUCAGGGCCCUGUGCAACGUGAUCGCAAACGGCGUCCCAGAUCCCAGACAGGUCAAGUACGUGACGACGGUGUUCGAAGCCAUGACUGGGCAGCCUGUGGACACCCAGGCGGCGCCGGGGUCGGCGCCGGUCAAGGCGGAGGAGCGCGAGCGCGCACAGGGGGAUGGCGCCGAGCACGAGCACGCACAGGGGGAUGGCGCCAAAUUGAAGGAGGAGGCGGUAUCGGUCUACCCGGGCAGCGACGCCAACGCGGAGCCGACCAUGGCGGCGGGCAGCUCAGGCGUUGCGGCGAAAGCUUCAGUGGCGAACAAGUGGGGCAAGUACGGCGGCAAGAAGAAGUCGCCGCAGGCGGAGUCCGCGCAGGAGGAGACGGGCGGGCAGCCGAUGGUCCACUACAACGCCGUCGCUGCUCCCGCGCAGGGGCUGGAUACAUCGUGGCCAGAGGACCUGGGUCUCACCCUGCCGCCCGGACGCUCCAGGGUGCGCGGCAGGAGGUCCACCAAGGAGCAGGGGCUGCGGACGCCGUCGUCCGUGGGCACGCCCGUGUUCUCGGACACGGGCAGCUCCGGCGUGCAGACGGCGGGCGAGUCGGCGGAGACUGCUACGGAAGUGCCCAGCCUCGGGGCCUCGGGCGCGACGGCGGCGGUGGCGGGCGCGCCCGGCUCCGGGGACUCCGGGGAGACGUCCUCGGCCAAGAGCGAGCUGGAGGAGCCAGUGCGGGCCGCGCGGAAGUUGGACGAUCAGCAGGCUGCCGCGCUGGCUCCCUGAGGCGCCUGGGCCGUGGAGGCAGACGUCGCUGUCUGCGCGGCCGCCGUUCCAUGGGGGUCUUUGCGCCUGGGCCGGCUUCAGCGCUGGACACGGUCGAGUCCGUGACCUGCCCCGCCUUCCGCGCGCCAUUUGGCGCAAGGGGCGAGUUGAAGGGAAGCCUGCGCCACACGCAGACGAGGUCGAUCGACUGCGUGCCGCUUGCAAGCUGCUCCUGCCGGUACCAGGGAGCGGCGGGAGGCGGGAUUUGGAAACGUCUUCUAAUUCGCAGGCCUUGCUGAACUCGCUGGGAGCAAUCACGGGUGCGUGUCUUGCUGAGUCUUCCGGCGCAGCCCGUUAUGUUGUGCUUCCGCAGAAUUCAUUUUGGAUUGGAUCAGUUCGAUUGUCUUUCUUUUCAACUGUAUGACCCGCUGCGCCUGGGAGGCGUUAUUUGUAUGUAAUUCGAAGGGGAGCCCGUGCUCAUUGCAGACAUGGUGGAUCCACCUCCGCCCUCUUGCGGUACUAGGAGGUUGUUCUGACCGUCCUUAUGUGUGCGAGCGGCGGCAUGCAUCGAAAAGGUUGA